AUAUCUUUAGUCAUUUUUAGGCAGUCAUAAGGAACGGUUGUUGCUUGUUUCUAGAAAGAAACUAGAAAUUGAACAUUAAACAAAACACAAACACAUUUACACACACUAAACUCUCUCUAAAACGAAACGUACGCAAGAACGCUGACGGAACCUCAACAUAAAUUUUCAGAAGUCGUGGAACGGUGAUCCUUUUCAUAAAGCAUUAUUUUUAAACAAAAUCAGCUGAAGCAGCAGAAUUUUUGUGAAACAUCAGGAAAAAAAAAGAAAUUGAUUAAAUGGCCACAACAAAUCAAAAUCAUCGGAAUGUCCCGGCUGCCGAUGAAGCAGCUGCCUCUGACACAUUGGUGAGCAAGGCGAAUCAGGAUAAGGAACAAUUCGAGGAUGUGGACAACUCGACAGCAGCUGUUGUGGUGCCGCCCGACAGUGGCUGGGCCUGGGUGGUCAUGGUUGCUUCGUUUUUGUGCUGCACCAUCAUUGAUGGUAUCGUCUUCUGUUCCGCCUUUAUACAGGACCAACUCAUUCAAGAAUUCGGAGUGACCAAAUUCUAUGUAUCGUUUGUGUCCUCGCUGCUCAGUGGCUGUUAUCUAAUGGCUGGUCCAUUUGUAAGUGCAAUGGCCAAUCGUUUUGGCUUCCGGCCGGUAACUAUAGCUGGUGCUCUAUUUGCAGCCGUGUGUUUUGUCUGCUCCAGUUUUGUGAACAGCAUAGAAAUGUUGAUGUUAGUCUAUGGCAUACUGGGAGGCAUUGGAUUCUGUAUGAUUUAUAUUCCGGCUGUGGUAAUCAUUGGUUUCUAUUUUGAAAAGUGGAGAGCUCUGGCCACCGGCAUAGCUAUGUGCGGUUCCGGUGUGGGCACUUUUGUCUUUGCCCCCUUAUCCGAUUUCUUGCUGAAAGAGUAUGGCUGGCGACGCAUGUUGCAGGUUCAAGGUGUGAUCAUCAUCGCUUGCGCCAUCAUUGGCAUUGCUUUCAGACCCAUUCAGCCACUGACUCUGGCAGUCACCGAGAAUGGCAAUGUCGAAGAGGAUACCAAGAAGAAGAUUAAUGGUCAUGGCAAUACUGUGGCGCCGAAGCCACAUUUCACCACCCAAGCUUUUAGCAAGCCUUUGCCCGAGGGUCGUUUCGCCUACUCCAUGCCCAAUUCGGCACACAAUACGUAUAUGGGCUCGUCGCCAAAGCAUCAUUAUCCCACGGCUGCCGAAGUAUUCAAGGGGGCUAAUUUGGAGCGUCGCCUGUCAGGAGUUUCGAACAAGGGCACUGAAAUGAAGAGUCUACGCAAAUCGCAGCCCACCACACCCAAUGGUGAACCAUCACAAUUGACCUUCAACCUCCACAAGGAACUCACCACAGUGGGUGAAAACGAGGAAGAAACCGAGAAUGAGAACUUGUUGGUUACCGAAGCCAAGCCCACCAUAGUUCAAGCCCGUCGUCACACAGUUUCCGGCAAACGUCCCCUGAACAUUGGCAGUCGCAGCAAUGUGGGCUCCCAAGAUGGCGUCAAUGCCACCACCACCCGUCCCAUGUAUCGUGAUGAUAUCUUCUUUUCCGGUUCUCUGCAACGCAUACCCCAAUACCAGUCACAGUCUUCCUUGGCCUAUCACAUGUCCGUGACCCGCCUACCCACCAAACAGGAACAACUCGAAGAACGCGAAAGUGGCUGCCAUUUGUGUCCCGAGGCUGUGCGUCGCACCUUGGCCACUAUGUUGGAUGUAUCCCUUCUGAAAUCUCCCGCCUUUAUGCUCUUGGCCUUCUCAGGUUUUCUAACAAUGAUGGGUUUCUUUGUGCCCUUCACAUUCUUGAAGCCUCGAGCCAUGUCCGCCGGUAUGGAAGAAAGCAGUGCUGUGCAGGUUGUUAGUGCCAUUGGUUAUUUCAAUACAAUUGCUAGGAUAUUCUGUGGUUCCAUCACCUCCUUCCCCAGUGUGAAACCCUUGUGGUUGAACAAUAUCGCCAUUACGGCCGGUGGCAUUGCUACCAUCUGCAGUGGAUUCAUCAUAACGACCGCCACUCAAUGGACAUUCGCUGUAUUGUUCGGUUUCUGUAUUGCCUGCUUCUCGGCUCUGCGUUCAUUGAUAGCUGUGGAAAUGAUUGGCUUGGAGAAGUUGACAAACGCAUUUGGCUUCCUUAUGCUGUUCCAGGGUAUAGCCGCCACCAUAGGCAGUCCCAUAGCAGGUGCCUUGUACGAUGCCACACAUGAUUUUAAUGCUUGCUUCUAUUUCUCGGGAGGUUUAAUUCUGCUAUCUGCUUUCUUGUGUUAUCCUCUACCAGCAGUGGCCAGAUGGGAGAACAGACGCAGCCAAAAGAAUGCCACGCCUGCCUAAUAACACCACUUUGACCUUCGCACAUAAACUCCUACUCCUACUCCUACUUCAAUAUCAUCAUGGUCAUCAUACUCGAUAACAAUAGAAGGAGAAUUUCGAGGAAUUUCUAUGGGGAAAAAAGAAGAGCAAGCAAAGCUGUCAAAUGUAAAAGGGCCUAAGGGCCUACAAUUCUAGGCCAAGAAUGUUAAAUUUAAUAAUGGGGCAUUGGAAAAAGCAGAACACAGUAAAACUACAACAACAAUUAUGCAACGACGUUCCUACCGUAACUACUAGAAAAAAAACGCAACAGAAAGUACUUGAUGGUGUCAUUGAUGGUUGUUAGAGAUGUUUGGGCGACACGGUGGUGGUUAUGGUGUUUUUUGUCACCCAUAACCAAAUGUUAACACUCUGGACAGUUUAUGUGCCUUUUGCAUUUCCUUGUUAAAAAAAUUAUAUUUUCUUUUUAAUUCGAUUUUAUUUUUUUUAAUGUAUUUUUUUUUAUAUUAUUAUCAGUCAUAACCCAAAAAUUACUGUUGCAUUGAUUUUUUUUUUUGUAAAAUAAGCGUAAUAGUUAAAAACUUGCCUCAUCAUACAUAGAUAUAUAGAUUUAUAUAUAUAUUUGUAUAUACGUAUAUAAAUAUAUAUAUAUAUACACACAUAUUGUUUUAUAGAAAAGGGUGAUCAAAUGAGACUGAUACAGGUUUUAUGAUUUUUUAUUUUAAUUUUUGGUUUUAUUUUAUUUAACAUCAAAUAAACUAAUGCUAACUAAUUAAACUAGUAGUAAUAGUUAGUGAAAUAAAAGUUAAAAACAACAAAUGUAUACAAACUAUUAUUGAUUGUAAUUUAAAAACAUGGUGUGAGAGUAAGUGUUGCAAAAACCAGACCGCCGUUCUGUGUUGCUUGACUAACAAUGUUUUUUCUUUUUAUUUAAACAACAACAAAAAUAGAAAAAUCUUAACAAACCGUGGUUUGUUAGCCUUGGUUUUCGUUUUCUAUCUGAAUUUUUGCUCAAAGUGCCUUGGCCUAAACUAGGCUUAAAACGCCAACGAAGACCUUCACACAAACACACACACACACACUCUCAUACAUUUGAAACGAUUUUUUAAUUGAAAUUAUUUUUGAUUCUUUAUGGAAAUUAGCAAUAUGAAAUAUUUUUAAGAAGCCUUUUUAUUACUUAUUAUACACAUACAUAAAUAAUUACAUUUAUAAAUAUUUGAUCCCUUUUUUCUUUUGAUUUAAAUGAGAACAAGCAAAAAACAAACAAAUGAGUUUGUAAUAAUUCAAAAAAGAAAAAUGUUAUAUUUAGAGCAGCUGUUGAUCAGCAACAUUUAGAUUAAAAACAAAUAAAACAAUAAUUAAAGAAGAGGUGUCCCAACUUUUUGCAAAACCAACAACAAACAUGCCUAAUGUCUCAAACCAUUUUAAAAAAGUUUCCUCCUUUUAUAUUUUUUAAUUUUUUUUCGACUUUUAUUUUAAUUUAAAUAAAAUUCCAGACAUCUAAGGUCUGUAUUUGCAAACUCUGAAAUAAUUUGAAAUGCCAACUAGAUUUCGUUAAUUAACUGAAAGAAUUAAUGUGUCAAAUUAAGAAACAAAAACAAAGUGCCUUUCAAUAAAAAUUGUUAUUUUAACAACUUAAA